AUGUUACGGUUUAAAUGGUUAUAUUCACUUAAUCCAAAGACUUUUGCUGAUUUGAAUGAACGUAAAUUUAAGAACUAUAGGUUUGGUACUUUGGCCAGUUAUCUAUUUUUUGUCAUUAUCAUGAACAUAUUAAAAGUUGCAUUAUUCAUUUCGGAUAUUUACACAUGUGUCAAAUUAUUAGCAUUUAAUUCAUGGGGAAAUAAUCUCAUUAAGCCUUACCUGUCAUUUAAAAUUUCAAAAUGGUUAUUUAGUGGUUGCAUAUUUUUUUCAAUUGUACUGUUAAUUUGGGAAUUCAUUCGUUCUAUUAGGGUUUAUAAAACUAAGAAUAUUGCUUUAUCAUAUAUCAAUGGAUUUUGUAAACAUUAUUAUUCCUUAAAAAAUUAUGCUAUCUUUUGUUUUUUUGAAGAACUUUCUGUAGACAGUAAAUUCCAACAAGUAGCAUUUUUUACUUUCUUCGAAAUGAAGUCAUGCUUCAGAUUUCUAUUUGCUGAUACUCCAAGACAAGUUAUUAAUGGUCUCACCUUAUGGAGUGUUCUGAUUUCCGAAAGUAAUGGUAAAAAUUUAUCAGAUUUAGAAUCAGCUUCCAAUUUAUUACAAAAAAUCAAAUACAUUGCUCAAACAAACCAUGAAGAAGCAAUAUUAUUAUCAUUCAUGUUGUUUUCAUUUGCUAUCUGGUGUAUUUUUUUUAUCAAGUUCACUAUUGCCGUUAUUUGCUUACUAUACGUUUACCAUAAGCUGAUUACAAAACAAAAAUAUAAAGGUUUAAGAGAAUAUGUUUGCAUUAGCAUCAACAAUAAAGUUGAUUAUCUAAUUAAAGAAAAUACAGAUAAAAUUUGUGAUAAGAAUAGAAUGUCAUACUCAGAUCUUGGCCUGCAAAGUCGUUCAAGGUAUAACGCAAACCCAAUUCAUGAAAAUAAUGUUAAAGAUAAGGAAACCUAUCAACAGAGUGCAUUUAAUACUUCAACUGAACAAUUAUUAGAAAUUGAAUACUUGACUAGGGGUAAGUACAAGGAUGCUGAGUAUGAAUUCGAUGAAUUUAAAGUUGAUCCAAAUGUGAAGAUCUUACAAGAUAUUAACGAUCUCGAAGAGUAUAGCGAUAUUAAUAACUAUGAGCAGUACCCCACACAUGAUAUAGAUAUGGAGAAUACAGAUAAACCAUUAAGAUUGUCCUCAAUGAUAAUGGACCCAGCUUUAAGUUAUUUUAGAGAUGAAAUUUAUACUUUCGAUGUACAAAAGCAAUUCCAACCAUUGCAAAGGCAGCCUACAUCAUCUUCAGGUAAUUCUUCAGAAUCAGGUGUUGACAAUGUUAGACCUGAUAACCUAACACAUAAAAUCUAUAAUUUGAGUAAUUCAACAGUAGAAAGUUACGUUUGUUCUUCUGAGAAGAGUUGUAAUAUAUUCAACUCAGCAAAUACUGCUAACUAUAAUAUCCGAUCUUCAAAAGUGAACUUAGAUCCAUUGGAUACUACAAAUGUUUAUAAAACGAAACUAUUACUAAAUAAUAACUUUAACGGAUCAAAUCUUGAAAUUAUGGAUAAAGUUUACAAGACUCAUCAUAAUUUUAAUAUAUACACUCCCUCAUUAGCACAUUUUGAUCAAUCAAAGAAAGAUUUUCAUAAUGAACCAGAUGAUCUACCAAUUUGA